UGGUUCAUACUAACCCAUCAAUUAAAUCAGUAAUAUGUACUGGGUAGCAGGCUACAAGCUUGAGCACGACGAUGUUGCCGCUUUUCUUGAGAAGAAGGGUCUGGUGUUCGACGACGAGAAAAUCGAUGACACCUUGGCUCACCAGAGGUUCUCAGACUGGGCUAUUGGUCAAUGGCCAGAAAGAGUUAAGCGCGGCUACAUGCCAUGGCCACAAUGGGCAGAAAUCCCAGGGGAAAAUGGUCUUUCUGUUCGUGUUACUGGCUUGCAAACUCGAGUCGUCGCGCGUGAUCCUGUGACGAAGAAAGCCUGCUAUGUCGAGUCCGACUUUGACCGCUCAGCCAGAGACAAUUUCCUCGCGAUAACGGAUGGCUGUUUUCAUCAAUCGAGGAUGGAGUUUUUUUGCUGUCUAGGUAGCGAGGUUCGCUUUCCUAUUCACGAAGAAGUACCUCGUGCUUGAGCCUUGACAACAUCAUGCGGCUCGGUCCAUGAAUCAUCAUCCCCUUCGAGUCCCUCUUAUGAGACAAGCGGGACAAUCCUCUUGCCCGUAUUACCCCCAUUUUGAGUCUCUGGAGGUUGGCAGUGAAGGAGAUGCUUCACCAAUUGCCAAUAAAGACCCAAACGUCGUGGACUAAUCCAUCUCUCUUGUAUACUUUUUGCGCGUAAUCCCAUGUAAUUUAUUUCUG